UACCCUUACUUUGGACAUGGUCACAUGAUCAUCACAAAUAGUUUUUUGCCGCGAAAGUAGUCGUUUGUGUGGUUCACUUGCUGAGGCUACUGGACCAUUUAGGCAAUAUUAUUGUUUUCUUAUUGACUGUUACAUUUGUAAAGAUGUUUUGUGAAAAAGCAGUUGAACUUAUCCGAGAACUUCAUCGAAUGGGUGACGGGCAAUUGCCAGCUUUCAAUGAGGAUGGCAUCCGUCAGGUCCUCGAAGAAAUGAAGGCAUUAUACGAACAAAAUCAAAGUGAUGUAAAUGAGGCGAAAGCUGAGGGCAGGAGUGAACUGAUUCCUACCAUCAAAUUCCGUCACUGCUGUCUGCUCAGGAACCAGCGCUGUAUCGCUGCAUACCUCUACGAUCGCCUACUCAGGAUACGAGCACUCCGGUGGGAGUAUGGAAGCGUCCUUCCUACAAAUAUUCGUUUUCAUAUGUGCGCAGAAGAGUUGGACUGGUUCAACCAGUAUAAAAAAUCCCUUGCCACCUAUAUGAGAUCAAUUGGUGGAGACGGUGGUCUGGAUAUAACACAGGACAUGAAACCUCCCAAGAGCCUAUACAUAGAGGUGCGCUGUUUGAAAGACCACGGUGAAUUUGAGAUUGAUGAUGGCACCGUUAUCCUGCUGAAGAAAAAUAGCCAGCAUUUUCUCCCACGUUGGAAAUGUGAGCAGCUGAUUCGCCAGGGCGUUCUGGAGCAUGUCAUCUCUUGAGGUCACAACAAGAGGGUGUAGAAGAUGUACUGAACUAUGCCAAGUAUGGAGA